UCUCUUGUUAAAGUGGAACGCAUCACCGCAGCUGUUCUCAGCGUCACCGUGAGAGGAGACAGAGGAGAUAGUCUGGUACCGUUACCGGGCCGGGAUACCGUUAGUAAAUAAUCAUUUCCUUCCAGUUUAACGGAACAAGGUCUGGGUACCGGUUAUCAUGGGAAAUAUACCUUGCGAGCGCGGGAACAUCGGCCACGAAGAACACAGCUCAUGUUUUGACGUAAAUCAGGGAAUAUAACUGCUGACGGCGAAUACACAGAACACCACACUCUCUCCAUCUCCUCCAUUUUGGUUGUCAGUGAUGGAGCACAUCCGGACGCCCAAGGUGGAAAAUGUGCGUCUCCUCGACCGGUCGUCAGGACAGAGAAAGGCCAGCAUUGGGACUCUCUACCUCUCUGCCACGCACACCAUCUUUGUAGAGAACAACCCAGAGACACGCAAGGAGUCCUGGGUGUUGCACAGUAUGGUGAGCAGUGUGGAGAGGACCCCCACCAUCCCCGCAGGAAGUCAGGUGAUCCUGCGAUGCAAAGACUUCCGGGUCUUCCAGAUCCUUGUUCCACAGGAGAGAGACUGUUUGGAUGUCCUCACCUCAUUGGUCAGAUUGUCACGACCAGAGAAGUACAGUGAGCUGUACUGUCUGUCCUUUAACCCCAAUGUGAAUAAAGAGGAGAGGCAGGAGUCGUGGAGCUUCGUGGACCUGACGGCGGACUACAAGAGGAUGGGGCUUCCUAACAACCUGUGGGUUUCCACAGCGGCCAACAGUGAAUACAGGGUGUGUGAAACGUACCCAUCCGAGCUGUAUGUUCCAAAGUCGGCCACACCCCCCAUCAUUGUGGGUAGUGCCAGGUUCAGGAGCCGAGGACGAUUUCCUGCUCUAUCCUACUUCCACCAAGACACUCUGGCCGCAGUGUGUCGAUGCAGCCAGCCUCUGUCCGGCUUCAGCGGCCGCUGUCAGGAGGAUGAGGCCAUGCUGCAGGCCCUGAUGAAGGCCAACCCAGGAAGUGACUACAUCUAUGUGGUGGACACCAGGCCCAAGUUGAAUGCCAUGGCAAAUCGCGCUGCAGGUAAAGGCUACGAGAAUGAAGACCACUACACUAACAUCAAGCUGCACUUCAUCGGCAUUGAAAAUAUUCACGUGAUGAGGAGCAGCCAGCAGAAGAUCAUCGACGUGGGUGAGAUGCGAUUUCCAUCCAUGACUGACUUCCUGUACGGUCUGGAGAACUCUGGUUGGCUCAAACAUAUUAAAGCGAUCCUGGAUGCGGGGCUCUUCAUAGCCAGGGCCGUGGCUGAUGAAGGAGUCAGUGUGUUGGUGCACUGCUCAGACGGCUGGGACCGCACCGCCCAGGCCUGCUCUGUGGCCAGUAUACUGCUGGACCCUUACUACAGGACCAUCAGAGGCCUCAUGGUGCUGAUAGAGAGGGACUGGGUUUCCUUCGGACACAAGUUCUCCCACAGGUACGGCCACCUGGACGGAGAUCCUAAAGAAGUGUCUCCUGUCAUUGAUCAGUUUGUGGAGUGUGUGUGGCAGCUGUCUGAGCAGUUCCCCUGUGCCUUCGAGUUCAACGAGCGCUUCCUCGUCACCAUACACACACACAUCUACUCCUGUCAAUAUGGGACCUUCUUGGGCAACUGCCAGAAGGAGCGCAGGGACAUGAGGCUUGGAGAGCGGACUCACUCCGUUUGGCCCGAGCUGUGGAAGGAGCGGGCCCAGUACACCAACCCUCUGUACCGGGCUGAGCAGAGCCAGAGCCAGGGGGUCCUGAGGCCCAACACCACCCCCUACUGCUUCAAGAUGUGGAAGGGUCUCUAUAACCACGCAGAGAAAUCCACGCCUCCUCGCCAGUCACCUGCUGACUUCCUGUCUACUGUGAGGGAAGAGUCCCAGCAGCUGGAGGAGGAGCUGGCCAAUCAGCAGGAGGUACCGCCGGGAGGAACCCCCCACCAUCACCUGGGCUUCAGACAAGAGGAUAGCAGCCCUGACCGGGGAGCCAAUCACGUGGGAGGAGGUUCUGAGGAGGAGGACUAGCCGCCCACGACCCCCCCACUGCGGGCCGGACCCGCCGUGUCUUAUACAGACCCAACCAGCAGCCCUGCACAGGAGCCCCCCCCCCACCCCGCAGGCUCUCCCUCUGCAGCAGACCUGGGGUCGGGAGUCGCCGUCUUCUUCACUGCUGCCUGAGAGGACAGAGACCCUGGUGCCUGGCUGGGGGGGGGACUUUUCUUACAGUAGUUCCUUAAAUGAUUGAGUCCAGCAGGUGGGGGGGGGCAGAAUGUGACGAGUUAAACUAGUUAAACAUGGCUGCUGACAGCUGGAUUUAUGUCUCGUCUUCAAACUGUAGUUGGUGUCUUUAGAGUCUCAGUGAGUUAGGGACACUGUCUGACCGAGGCACCGAAGACAUUUCUUCUGACUGUUUUCAUUUAUUUGUUUCUUGCUAUCCAGAAAGGCUGUUUUUUAUUUCUGUCAUUUGUACUUUUUUAAAGGAAUCAACAUUACUGCUGUGAGUUGGAUAGAUGUGACAUGAGUCCAGACUGAAACAGUCCGAAGAACACAUAGGAGAAGAAACAUUAACGUGGGUCAUUUUAAGGGCGUCAUUUCAACAAAUACAUCCUUUGCUAUAUGACAGAUGUAAUGAAUGAUUUAUUAUCAUCCAGUCUUCCUCUCCCUCUGUGUAAAGUAAUGUGAUGACUGUAUGUGAUUGCUCCCAAGUGUUUCCUCACAGGGCCCUAAAACAGUGUGUGUGUGUGUGUGUGUGUGUGUGUGUGUGUGUGUGUGUGUGUGUGUGUGUGUGUGUGUGUGUGUGACAGAAGGACAGUAGAUCCAUCAGAUUCAGGUUUCCAGUGUGUGAGAAAUAGCAUCUGCUCAGUAAAUUGCAGAUGUUCUGUUGUGUAGACUCAACACUGGGGGUCAAUAAGCAGACACAUGAUUUCCCACAUGGUCAAUGUUCCUGCUCAAAAACCUUUCGCUCCAUAAAACACAUCUCUGCCACUGCCUCUGUCAGUAUUUAGAAACCAGAGUUCCGAAAGCUAAAUAACCAGUUAGCAGUGGCAGCCAUAAUGAAACAAAGGAGAGUGGAACAGGAAGUGCACAUGGUGUACAGUGGGAAUGUGUUGAACCAGUUGUUACCAGGAAGAGCAAUCAAACAAAUCUGAACAAAAACAUGUUUAUUUAUUUAUGGCCUUUUAUUAUAUGUUUCAGUGUGCUGUCUACACAUGCUAUCUCCACACUGAUGUAAUCAUAUGUAUCCUCAGUGUACAUCAUAACAUCCAGUGCAGUUGGUCAGAUAGAUGCACUGAGUGUGACUAUUGAGUGCUUUCAGGUGAUCUUUCACUUUUUACAUUCCCACCAGAUGAAGUACCAACAGCAGGAACUCUGGGAACAUGUCUUCAGAGUUUAUUUCAUGUUUAUACUCCGUUGGAUGGAUUAACACAUCAGCAGCACAUUGUUGUGUUAGUGUGUCAUAACGCUGAACCUGCUGUGGCUCCAUGUGUCACAGAUUCAUUCCUAACACGUGGACUGAGUGACGGCCAGUGUGAUAACUGAAUUCUCAUUGGCCCUGGCAGGUGUGAAAAUAUAUAAUAACGUACGGGUGUGAGGACAAAUGUCCAUGUGCUGCUGUGUAUGACUACAUCCCUUCUCUACCUGAACCAUUCUCUGUAGCCCGUGUGUUCUGUAUCCAUUAAUGUCAAUGAUUUAUCAAUAAAUGCACUGUUAAAGGGAAAGAACUGCAA